GGGAAAUUUUAAAGCAUAUAUUCCCCUGCUAAAACCCCAGAGCCAGAAUUGCAGGGAGGAAGAGAGAUGGAGGAGAAGAUUCCCUUCAAGAAUCUCAGUAGCAGAGAGUAUCAAGGUCAUAAAAAGAAGGUGCAUUCGGUGGCCUGGAAUUGCACGGGCACCAAGCUUGCUUCCGGUUCUGUCGAUCAAACAGCUCGGGUUUGGCAUAUUGAGCCUCACGGUCAUGGUAAGGCUAAAGAUAUUGAAUUGAAGGGUCACACCGAUAGUGUGGAUCAAUUAUGUUGGGACCCUAAGCAUGCUGAUCUCAUAGCAACUGCAUCUGGUGACAAGACUGUUCGCUUGUGGGAUGCUCGCAGUGGAAAGUGCUCACAGCAAGCAGAACUUAGUGGGGAGAAUAUAAACAUCACUUAUAAACCUGAUGGGACACAUAUUGCUGUUGGUAAUAGGGAUGAUGAAUUAACAAUAUUGGAUGUUCGAAAAUUUAAGCCAAUGCACAGGCGCAAGUUCAGUUAUGAGGUAAAUGAAAUUGCUUGGAACAUGACAGGAGAUAUGUUCUUUUUGACGACUGGAAAUGGUACUGUUGAAGUACUCGCAUACCCGUCGCUUAGACCAGUUGACACCCUCAUGGCUCACACGGCUGGUUGCUACUGCAUUGCAAUUGAUCCAACAGGAAGAUAUUUUGCUGUUGGAAGUGCUGAUUCCUUAGUCAGCCUCUGGGAUAUAUCAGAGAUGCUUUGCGUGCGAACAUUUACAAAGCUCGAAUGGCCUGUCCGGACAAUAAGCUUCAAUUCCACGGGGGACUAUAUUGCUUCUGCCAGUGAAGAUCUAUUUAUUGAUAUAUCUAAUGUUCACACUGGACGAACUGUGCACCAAAUUCCUUGCCGAGCUGCCAUGAAUAGCGUGGAAUGGAAUCCAAAAUACAAUUUACUUGCUUAUGCUGGAGAUGACAAGAACAAAUAUUCAGCCGAUGAAGGUGUAUUUCGGAUAUUUGGCUUCGAGAGCAGUUAAUGAAGCAGUAGUUCUAGUUGGAAUAUUUACCAUUUUCUCCACAAACCAAGUAUUAGUAACUUAUGUAUUUGUGAAUUAAUGUUGUAAAACUUGAUUAUUGUUUUAUCCAAUAAAUGGAUUUGAAUUUCCAUAUUGUUUC